AAAUUGACAGGCGACGUAAAACGUGAUAUUGAGGUUAGAAUUCGUUGAUAGUUAUAAAAAGAUUUAAUAAUUAACAUUAAAUUUAUUAACAUUUAAACGUUAAAAAUGUCUGAGCCAUCAUCCAGUAAAGAUUCUGCGACAAAAGUACCUAUGGUUUACAUUUGUGGAGAGUGUCAUAAUGAUAAUGAAAUGAGACCGAGGGAUCCUAUACGUUGCAGAGAAUGUGGUUAUCGUAUCAUGUAUAAGAAGAGAACAAAGAGAUUAAUCGUUUUUGAUGCUCGAUAAGAAGAUUACCUUAGUAUUCCUUUAUUAAUAAAUUAAGACUAUGUUUUGAACGUUUUUUAUUAUAUUAAAAUGAUAAAAAUAAAAA